AUGAAUUUGGGUUUGAGAUCUGGGUCUAAAUAUGGGUUUUUUGUGUAUAGAUUUGGCGGAAGAAAAUUGAGGAAGAAAGAUGAAGAAGAGCAGGAGAGAGAUGUUACAAUUAUCAACAUAGCAUUCCUCAAUGUCUUCGGCAAUGGACAGACUCCAGUCAUCAACCUCUCAGGACAUUGUUCUGCAUCCUGGGGCGUUCCUUGUACUAAAUAUGCCUCCCAAAUAGCCACAUGCCAAAGCCUUGGCAUCAAAAUCUUCCUUUCUCUCGGAGGAGCCUCUGGGCAAUAUAGCCUUUCUUCAUCUGAAGACGCCAAGGAGUUUGCAGACCACCUUUGGACCUACUACCUCAGUGGCCAAAGUUCAGGUCUACUUGGUCUCCUCGCUUUAGAUGGCAUCGAUUUUGACAUCGAACAAGCCAGCAGAAACUUGUAUUGGGAUGAUCUUGCGGAAGAGCUUCACGCUUAUAGCCAAAUAAAGAAGUUUUACUUGUCAGCCGCACCACAAUGCCAUUUCCCAGAUUACUCCUUAAACACGGCCAUUGAAACUCGGGUAUUUGACUACAUCUUGGUCCAGUUCUACAACAACCUUCAGUGCGAGUGCACGGAUGAUGGGGACACUCAGAAACUUAUAGAUUCAUGGAACCAAUGGACCAACACCUUCACUGCCACCAAGUUCUAUGUUGGCCUCCCGGCGUCUCCGAAAGUAAAUGGUACUGCUGGUGGUUGUGUCCUAAUCGAUAAGCUCAACAAUGAGAUUCUUCCUCAAGUAGAAACAUCUCCCAAGUUUGGUGGUGAUGUUAUGGAGUAG